CUUUUUAUUGUUGUUUUUGCUUGAUUUUACGCGCCGGCGGAGUGAGCGGACAUGUGCGAGGCAAAACUAGUCCAGGGCGAAUGAUCCUUGGAACUUUCGCUUGUAUUUUAGGAACCGUAGGUACUACCGCCUCGAGGUCGCGUUGGCCGCUUGUCCGCUACUUCUCCAAGUGCCACGUGUGCUGGAAACUUGCUCCCAACUGGGGUACAAAGAAAGUUCGUCUCAGGAAGCUGGUUGCUGCUCAGAAGAUGGCCACGCCGGAGAUUUGCCAGGUUCUCGAGCCUCUCAGAAAUGCCGUCAAAGAACAGGGCGACUUGGUCCGGAAGCUCAAGGAAACUGGAGCACCGGAGCUGGACGUCAAGAAAGCUGUUAACGAGCUCAAAGCUAGAAAGAAAGUGCUGGAGGACAAGGAACUUCAAUUGGCACCUCCAGAGGUGGGCUUUGACAGGCUUCGGAUGGAAGAUCUUCUAAAAAGGCGCUUCUUCUAUGACCAGUCCUUCUCUAUUUACGGAGGUGUGGCUGGACAGUAUGACUUUGGUCCCAUGGGCUGUGCCAUGAAGACACAGCUGCUCAGUCUCUGGAGGAGCCACUUCGUGCUUGAAGAGCAGAUGCUGGAAGUGGACUGCACCAUUCUUACACCUGAGCCUGUGCUUAAGGCUUCAGGGCAUGUGGAACGCUUCGCAGACUUGAUGGUCAAGGAUCUCAAGAAUGGUGAAUGCUUCAGGCUCGACCACCUUAUCAAAGCUCACCUGGAGAAGCUGUGCGCUGAUAAGAAGACGACAGCUGAACAGAAGGCAGAGUAUGAAGACAUUGUGGUCAAGCUGGACGGCAUGACUAAAGAUGAGAUGAAUGCUGUCCUGCGGCGUUUUGCGAUCAAGUCACCCAUCACGGGAAAUGAACUGACUGAUGCCAUCGAGUUCAAUCUCAUGUUCUCUACAUGCAUUGGCCCCUCGGGGCUUGUUAAAGGGUACCUUCGACCCGAGACAGCGCAAGGCAUCUUCGUGAACUUCAAGCGUCUACUUGAGUUCAAUCAGGGUCGGCUACCCUUUGCUGCUGCUCAAAUUGGCAACGCUUUCCGUAAUGAGAUCUCACCGCGGUCGGGACUUAUUCGAGUCCGUGAGUUCACCAUGGCUGAGAUUGAGCACUUUGUGGACCCCUCUAACAAGGCACACCCAAAAUUUGCGUCUGUGAAGAAUCUGGAGAUGGUGCUCUACUCAGCCUGCAACCAGAUGGAUGGGCAGCCUGCACAGAAGAUCACGAUUGGACAUGCAGUCGAGAAGGGUCUGGUGGCCAACGAGACCCUGGGCUACUUCCUAGCCCGCAUUCAGCUAUUCCUGGAGCGUGUGGGUGUCGACCCUGCAAGGCUACGGUUCCGGCAACACAUGAGCAACGAAAUGGCCCACUAUGCCUGCGACUGUUGGGAUGCAGAGUGCAAGACUUCCUAUGGCUGGGUCGAGUGUGUGGGCUGUGCAGACCGUUCCUGCUAUGACUUGAGCCAACACACCAAGGCCACAGGUGUGCGUCUCGUGGCCGAAAAACCACUGCCACAGCCAAAGACAGUAGACGUGGUGGAAGCCCUUCCUAACAAGGCAGCCGUCGGCAAGCAGUUCAAGAAGGAAGCCAAGCCAGUUUCGGAUGCUAUAGCAGCACUUGCACCCGAGCAGGUUGACCUUCUGGAGAAGGAUCUGAAUGAGAAAGGGGAGUCUGAAGUGGCAGUGGGUGACUCAAAGGCAACGGUCACAAAGGACAUGGUUCAAGUGAAGCGUUACCAGAAGACCGUGCAUGUGGACGAAUUGGUACCUGGUGUGAUUGAGCCAUCGUUUGGUAUUGGGAGAAUCAUGUAUGCUGUCUUUGAGCACAGUUUCAGAGUCCGCGAAGGAGAUGAGCAAAGGACGUACUUCUCCCUGCCUGCUGCGGUUGCACCACUCAAGUGUUCCGUACUGCCACUGAGUAACAAUCCAGACUUUACCAAGUUUGUACAGCAGAUCUCGUCUGCACUGACGCAGCAUGAUGUGGCCCACAAGGUUGACGAUAGCAGUGGAUCCAUAGGUCGUCGCUAUGCCCGCACUGAUGAAGUUGCAGUCCCUUAUGGCAUCACAGUGGACUUUGACACUUUGCGGGAGCCACACACAGCCACCCUGCGUGAACGAGACACCAUGCUGCAAGUCCGGUGCCCUAUUGAAGACCUUGCUCCCUUGGUGCAUGACCUCGUACGUGGAAAGGUCACCUGGGACCACGUUUGCUCUGUCUACCCAAAGUUCGAGCAGCAGGAAGUGACCAAGGCAUAAUUAUGACGGGAAUAGGCUUUCUGUGUAAUGGCUGUGUGAGCCCUGCCCACUAGGCUCUUUACUCAUCGCUAUCACACAGUGCACAAAGUGCUUUCAAGAGGCUGCAUCUUUUGGGGUCUUCCACUGGUGUUUUAUUUGUACUGCAGACUUGACUAUAGGGUGGAGGACGUUGCAUCAUCGUGUUUUCAUACGCAGGAGUAUCAUGGGUCACAUAACUGUCUGUGGCCAUGGCUACAUCUAAUGUUGUCAGGUACUAUAAAGUAGUGUUACGUGACAUGUGCUUCUGUCAUCCUCCUCUGGUGUCACAGUGGUCUUUGUCUUUCUUUCUCUUUUUCAUUUAUUCCUCUUGCAAGUGUGAAGGCAUCCAGAUGCAUGGUGGUUGCCCAAUCCACCAGUAAAAAUUGUCUAUUUGGCUCAAGCAAUGUCUGAAGACCACUGCAAAUAAAAAAAAAAAAGUCAGUACAGAGUGAGUAUAAUAUAGGGCAGUGAACAAAUUUCAACUGCUUGCAAGCUUGAAUUAGAUAAAUGAUCACAAGCACCAUUGGUUGACUACUUUCCUCUUUUUUGCAAGUUGUUCCCCUCUCAAUUCCAGUAAAACAUCUACAAGGAGCUAUUAUUGUGUCGACUAUUUCUUUAUUUACAUGUCUCAAAUUGAACUUUUGACUAUGACGCUCAAGGAAAACAGUAAACUGUUUCUUCAAAUCAGCACACUUGGCGUUUGCAAGUCAUACAGAAGAGGUUAGAUGGCUACACUUCAAGGGUCAACAUUGCAAAGCUCUUUGUCUCUUAAGUGCUGUUUACCAUUGGCCGAUCACCAUUGCUAAUAAUUUGUCCAUCAUUGCCAGAAUGUUCUUGUGAAUAUAGGCCCAAAAGGGGCAUUCUUUGAAGUACAUAGCAGGCAGCAUUAGUGAAGGACUCGGGCUAGUUGUAGCAGGAAGCGUUGUGCAUACUUAUUGAAGUGGAUGACAGCACAAACACAAAUUCAUUUGGCAUGCAUGGCACUUAUUGAAAUGAAGUCAGCUUUUGAAAUAAUUGAGAUUUAGAAGCAAGCGGAACCAGAAUUUUGAGCUUGGCUGUCUACUUUCUUUUGUUUAAUAAAUUGUGAAAACUGA